AUGCCAGGUACGGCAAAGCGGGCGCGGUGCACCAUGCGACUGCGGCGCCCCGCCCGCGCGGCCGCCGCGGCGCAGCUGGCGGCCGUGGCCGCGUCCCAGGCGACCUACCCUUCCGAGUUCCGCUUCGGCUGGUGCGUGGGCUCCCAGUGCUUCGACCACACGCUGAGCGCGGCGCACUUCCAGCUCCGCGUCCAGCGGUACUACGGCGAGGGCCGCCGGCCGCCCCUGCGGGAGGCCUUCUACGUCGCCACGCUGCCGCUCGCGUACCAGCGCGAGCUGCUCUUCGGCUGCCCGGGCCUGGUCGUCUUUGCCUACCUGCUCCUGGCGGAGGCGCGCCUCUUCACGCACCCCCCCGUUGAGGCCGCCGAGCUGUUCAGCCGCGCCUUGAGCCUGCUGGAGAUGCCAGAGAUCGCGGGGCCUCACAUGCACAACCUGCAGCAUUCGUGGCCCUUGCAGGCCGCGAUGGACCGCUACAACAGCACCGCGCAGAGGUCGAGAGACGCCGCGCAGAGCCCCAUGUCGCUCGACAUAGUCAUCCCUCACUGCGGGGAGGACGCGUCUUGGUUGGCGGACCGGGCGGCCAUCGAGAUGUUGCCCAGGCACACGCGCGUGUUUCUUUACGAGAAGUGCGGGAUGAGUAAGCAGGCCAUCUUGCACUUCGCUAUGCUCACUGAGCUGCUGCAGGGACAGGCCACGGUCAUCCAGAAGCAGCUGGACGACGCAGUGGACCCACGCACUGGACUCCCUUCGCGCCGGGACGAAUGCACCGCCUACCUGACGCACGUGGUCGAGCACUACGACGACCCCUGGCUGGCCGACGUCACGCUCUUCCUGCACGGCGACCCGAGCGACCACACGCCCAUGGGGCUGCUGAACGUGCUGCUGCGCGGCCUGGCGCUCGGGACGCUGCGCUCGGUGGAGUUCCUGCACCUCGGGGCCCCCCGGAUGGUGCACACCUCCAACCUGUGCCAGGAGGGCAUCUUCGAGAUGGCGAUGCGGCGCAAGCCGCGGCUGCCCCUGUCGACGUACUGCUGCGCGCAGUUCGCCGUGGCGCGGGCGAGGCUGCGCGCGCGGCCCCGCGAGGAGUACGAGCGCAUGCUCCGCAUCGUGGACGGCACCGUCGCGGACGGGUGCACGCGCAUCGGCCCCGCAUACGAGAGGUACGAGGGCCAGCGCCUCUCCCACUGCUACUUCUUCGAGUUCAUGUGGCACGUGGUCUUCGGCGAGCCCGAGGACCUGCCCCUGCGCGCGGACGACGCGGGGCUGCCCGUGGUCUUCCGGCUGAAGGACAACGAGGACGCCCUGCCAAGCACUUGGGGGAGCUACAUGGCUCCGUACGUCGGAGGUCAGGCCACCUUCGGGCGCCAUGGACACGAGCUUUGGCUGCAGGGGAUCCGGGACGCUCCCGGCAUCGGCGCGGGCAAACAGAUGCACUUCGGAGACAUGGUCCCCAAGCGGUGA